UAUGCCUUCAAAUCCCAAUGAAGUGAAAUCGAGCUCACCGAUUUCUAGUGUGAGAGAUAAGCCUAUUGUUACAUCGCCUGCGCUAUCGCAAAAUUCCAAUUUUUCAAAACCUCAGCAAUCAUUGCAAAAUCAGAUCUCUUCUCAAUUAUCUAGUGUUGGAUCGUUGGCAAGACGACCAGGUAGUAUAUCUAAUGGAAACAAUAGCUAUUCCUCCCUAAGUGGCCCAUCAAUGAACUAUCAAUCACAAGCCGGGAUUGUGCCGCCUCCGGCUCAAACAGGUUUGAACAAUGGUAAUAGCAGCAGCAAUAGUAACAAUAGUAACAAUAGUAACAAUAGUGACAAUAGUAACAAUGGUAACAAUGGUAAUAGCAAUAACAGCAAUAGCAAUAACAGCAAUAAUAAUAUCAACUUUAAUUCGUUUAGGUCGAAUUCCAAUCUCAGCACAAGCUCUGUGUUUCAAAGGAACUUCAAUGGAAUAGGAAUCACGAAUGGAAACGAUGUCUAUACCGAGGAUCCUCUCGAUGAACUUACCAAGCUAUAUGCUAACAGCGAGCAGUUCUAUUUAGGAAACACCAAUACUAAUGGCAACUCGCCAGUCUCUAAUAGCAUGAUUGAGCAGCAGCUCAAGCUGAUCACAGCCGAUGGCGGUGCAUCUGGCAGUCUUCAGUCCAGUGAAAGCGAAAAGGACCGAAACUUCAACACAACAAGCUAUGAUCCCAACCUCUACGCCAACCUUCAUUGGUUUGACCAGUGGGACGAAAACUUUGAGGGCAUAUCCAACUAGCACAUCGAACGAACAUGUUGCUGGCCUCAUUCGCUG